UGCGUCGUGGAGAAUGGAAGCCGAAUUUGGCUUUUGCUUUCAAAACUCAAGUACAUAACAAUCACCAUACAAAAAGUCCUCUCUCCCAUUUUUCUCUUUCCUUUGAAAAACAUAGUGCAAAUGGUAGGCUUGAGUAUUCUAGUAGUUGCUAUCAAUGCACUCUCUAGUCAAUCCCUUCAUAAGCAUUACAACUACCCAUGAGAUGCUCAUUUAUGUAUUUAAAUAACCCCAAACUCGCUUCUUCCUAUUUAAAUUCUAUUCAGUUUUGACUUACUAAUCAAUCUUGUAUCGGGUAUGUAUUUGGUCUAGAUUCAUAGCUAUGCCACCAUUUUCUCUCUGUGGGCAUGUUUGACCCGCUGAUUCAGCUAAAAAAAAAAAAAAACUUAUAUAAGGAGCUUCUCUAGUUCCUCCCACAAUGUGCAAGUUUCUUCUCUCCAAUUAGCGCCGUUCACCAUUGUUUCACUGAAAUCAAGUGAGGAGGGCUUUCAUUUGUGAUUUUUCUUUAAUAGGUGAAUUCCUGUAAAGAAUAGACAGUUUGGUAGAUAGGGUCUGAUGGGUCAUUCUGUUUCCGAUGAACUCGAACCAAAGGACUCGGACAUUGCCAGCCAGCAGUCUUCGCGCCGUCAUGCUGACAGCUUGCCAUCCAUUCACAAGGUGAGAUUGCCACCUCGGCAGAAGCUCUUCAGAGAAUUCACUUCUACAGUGAAGGAAACUUUCUUCGCAGAUGACCCUUUACGCUCUUUCAAGGACCAACCCAAAUCAAGAAAGUUAGUCUUAGGCGUGCAGGCCUUGUUUCCCAUUCUUGAAUGGGGGAGACACUAUGAUAUCAGCAAAUUCAAAGGAGAUGUGAUUGCGGGACUGACCAUUGCAAGCCUUUGUAUCCCUCAGGAUAUUGGCUAUGCAAAGCUUGCGAAUUUGGAUCCCCAAUAUGGGCUAUACUCUAGUUUUGUUCCACCGCUGAUUUAUGCAUUCAUGGGAAGUUCGAGAGAUAUUGCCAUCGGACCUGUAGCGGUCGUAUCUCUAUUGCUUGGGACUCUGCUCCAGAAUGAGAUUGAUUAUGUUAAAGAUGCUGCUGAGUACCGUCGGCUUGCAUUCACAGCAACUUUCUUUGCCGGUGUCACUCAAGCAGCACUUGGGUUUUUGAGAUUGGGUUUCUUGAUCGAUUUUCUGUCUCAUGCUGCCAUUGUUGGAUUCAUGGGCGGGGCAGCUAUUACAAUUGCCCUACAACAGCUCAAAGGCUUCCUAGGCAUAAAGACGUUCACGAAGAAGACGGAUAUAGUUUCAGUAAUGCGUUCGGUGUGGGGUUCUGCACACCAUGGGUGGAACUGGCAAACCAUACUCAUUGGAGCGUCGUUCUUGGUGUUCCUUCUGGUCGCCAAGUACAUUGGGAAGAAGAAGAAAAGCCUUUUCUGGAUUUCAGCAAUCGCCCCUUUGAUCUCCGUCAUUCUGUCGACCUUCUUUGUGUACAUUACCCACGCUGAAAAGCAUGGGGUUCAGAUUGUGAAAAAUAUAAGAAAGGGCGUAAACCCGUCAUCUUUGAAUCAAAUUCAUUUUACUGGGGAAUUUGCUGCAAAAGGUUUUAGAAUCGGGGCUGUUGCUGGCAUGGUUGCCCUAACGGAAGCUGUGGCAAUAGGAAGGACUUUUGCAUCCAUGAAAGACUAUCAGCUGGAUGGAAACAAGGAAAUGGUGGCUCUAGGAGUGAUGAAUGUUGCUGGUUCAAUGUCAUCUUGCUAUGUUGCAACAGGAUCCUUCUCUCGCUCUGCCGUGAAUUACAUGGCUGGCUGUCAAACAGCCGUCUCCAACAUUGUGAUGUCGGCAGUUGUAUUCCUAACUUUGGAACUGAUCACUCCCGCCUUCAAAUACACCCCAAAUGCCAUUCUUUCGUCCAUCAUCAUUUCUGCUGUGAUCAGCCUAGUUGACUACAGUGCAGCUAUUCUCAUUUGGAAAAUUGAUAAAUUCGAUUUUGUUGCUUGCAUGGGGGCUUUCUUUGGCGUGAUUUUUGCCUCCGUUGAGAUUGGCCUCUUGAUUGCGGUCUCAAUCUCAUUUGCAAAAAUCCUUCUUCAAGUGACAAGACCAAGAACAGCAGUACUGGGGAAACUCCCUGGAACUACCAUAUACCGAAACAUUGAACAAUAUCCUGAUGCUAAGAGAGUCUCCGGUAUACUGAUUGUGAGAGUUGAUUCUGCCAUCUACUUUUCCAACUCCAACUAUGUUCGGGAGAGGAUCUUGAGAUGGUUGAGUGAUGAAGAUGAGAAACUGAAAGCAAGCAACCAACCUAGAAUACAGUUCUUGAUUGUGGAAAUGUCACCCGUGACUGACAUUGACACCAGCGGCAUCCAUGCGUUGGAAGAGUUAUACAGGAGUCUCCAAAAGAGAGAAGUCCAGCUUGUUCUAGCCAACCCCGGGCAAGCGGUGAUCAACAAGCUCCACGAAUCCAAAUUCGCAGACAUAAUAGGCCAAGAUAAGAUCUUCCUAACGGUCGGAGAAGCUGUGCAGACCUGUUCUCCAAAGAUGGCAGUAGCCGAAGUCUGAAGAAACGAAAGCAAAUCAGAAGAGAAGAAAGAAGAAGCAUGAGAGAAUUGCUUACUAGGGAUAUUUCACAUAGCACACCCUUUGUUUCUACUUUUUGUAGCUGCAGUGGUCCAAAACUAUGCUGUUCUUGUACUUAAAAUAGAAAAGAAGGGUGUUUGUAUGAGAAUUGAGAAUGAAUGAUCUGUGACAGAGUCGGUGAUGAGAAAUUGGAUGGUGGGGCCCAUUUUUAAUGAUGAUCAAGUUGGGUGGCCACA